UCCACUGAUUCUGACUCUUCUGAGUCUUCUGACUCAGAGUCAUCUACCUCAGACUCUUCGAGGGAGAAGAAGAAAAGAAAGAAGAAGGGAAAGAAAGCAAAGGUGGUAAAGCGGUACAAAUCAGUCCUGGAAAUUUUCAAAAGAGGAAGCAACAUGGCAGAAGCUUUCCGGAAGUACGGUGUUGACCGGAACACAAUCGUGCAGAGUGCAGCUAUUGCUGAACUGGCGAUUGCAGCACCAGAGAAAUAUGCAGAAAUCCAUGAAAAACAGGAAAAGGGAGAGAAAUUAUCAAACAUAACCCAGAAAUGUCAAUACGCAAUCAUGGCCGAUGAGAACAUUGCAAACAUAAUACAAACAAUGAAAACGGAUGGGAAGUUGCUUCCAAUAAGAAAAUAGUCAAUUUUCAUGUU